AUGUCACGUCGGGCUUGGGCUAAUGUCUGGGAAAAGCUGGCCAAACCAACAGUUGGUAGGGGAAAGACGCAGUGGCCGAAGGCCCCUAGUGAUCUUGAAAACCAUGGUGUCUGCUUUGACUAUGAUGGGACUCUUGAAGAGGACGGCCAAGUUUACCACAAGUACCAGGUUCAACCUAAUGUGGGAAAAAUUCCCAGCUCAUGGAAGGAGUGGAGGGAUAAGCAUGGCGGGACUCAUGCUGUUAUUGGGAUAAUUAAGAUUAAGCAAGAUGUAACAAAAGAUGACGUUGACUUGGCUCUGAAAUCUCUCGAAGAGAAGCUCUAG